CGCAGUUAGGUGCACACUGGCCGAUCGGUUGUGGUCGUCGGUACGGUAAAAUUUUGUAAUUAUUAGAAUUUAAAUCCAAAGGCAUUUGCUUAUGCCAAACGCGUAAUUGUGCGCAUUGCUUAAAUAGCAAAUAGGACUUACAUUCAAAAACACACACGAACAAAUAAGGAUGUUCAACUUUAUGAAGAAGAGCGCGGGCGAUGAGGAAAAGGAGCGUCGCAAGCGCGAAAAAAAACUGCGCAAAGAGGCUAAAGGCGGCAGCGGGGGCGGGGUAACUGGCAGCAUGAGCACCGAUGAGCUGCUGCGUCUGGAGGAAGUGCGUCGAUCGCUCAAGAUACGUGGCCGCCGCAAGGAGAAGGAAAAACUGCCAAGUGGGAUAACAGCCGACUACAGUGCAGAUUUCUUUGCGGCCCUUAAUGCCGAUGCAGCUAGCAGCAACGGGAAUGGGAAUGGCACUGGUAGUGGAAAUGGCGGGCCAGAGCAGGAUCGUGGCAAUGAGGAAAUUGUAGCAUCUGUGAUGACACACAUCGAGAGUCGAAGCGCCGCCAACGGAGCUGGCAUGGCCAUUAAUUUGAACUACGGCGAGGUUACACAUUCCCUACUCUCAAGUGGACUGAAGAAUCGAUUUUUACCGCCGGUGCCGCCGAAGCCGCCCAAGCGUGGUAUUUUGAAGGGUUCGCGCAGCAACAUGACCAACGUUCAUGAGGAGAUUGUCUUCACCGGUGGCGGCACGCCCGAAAUGCUGAUGCGCAACACCAUGCAAAAUGAGCAACUGUUUGAGGGCAACCGUGGCGGCGGCAGCGGUGGCUCCAAUUCCAGCCAACACGGCACAUCCUUCACCUCCGUGGAGAGCCUGCGCAGCGAUGGCGAACAUGCACCACAGCAGCGUGCCAUGACCCUGCCGGCGAAUGCUCGCUAUGGUGCACCACAGACGCCCACGCAGACUGCCCAUUUGCAUGUGCUGACAUCACCAUCGCCGAGUGCAGACAGUCUCACAGAUACCACAAACUCCUCCUUUGCCACGCCUCCAUUUUCUAUGAGUCCUGUGGGCGAAUCGCAGGGCAUCGAUCGCUGGGCCCGUGUGCACGCAUUUGAGGAUGUGCAGUUGCCGUUGCCUCCAGUACAGCUGGUGCAGCUGCCGCCGCCCCGGCAGUUGGUCAUAAAACGGCAGAAAUCACCGCGACAUGACUUCGGUUUCAGCCUGCGAAAAGCCAUAUGCUUGGACCGCACCGAAUCGCUGAUGUCGCCCAUCUUUCGACCGGUCAUAUUUGCGGAACCUGGUGCCGGGGGUGGUGCCACGGGCCUGCUGCCUGGCGAUCGUUUGAUCAAAGUCAAUGGCACACCAGUGGGCGAUUUAUCUCGCGAGAUUAUCAUAGAGAUGAUACGCAACAGUGGUGAUGCUGUUACCGUCGAGGUGCAACCAGUGGCUGAGCUGGUGGAGCUGAGCAAGCGCUGCAUGGCGCCCAGCACGGCCACCGUUGAAGAGAUCGAUCAUUCCAUUAACAACGGCAACUGUAACACUCUUCGCCGCAGCGCCAGCAAACGCUUCAAGCGUCAGAGUCGGCACGAGAAUGGUACGGGUGGCAUUAUUGGCAUAAACGAUAGCGAUGUGGACAUAGUCGAUGAAGCCGCACAGCCGGAACGUGUGUGGCUGGUGCAUCGCGGUGGCUUUACUGCAGCGAUCCGUCUGCCGCCCAGCGAAACGGCGUAUGAGGAGCACAAGUUGAACGUGCGAUUGCUGCAUAAUGGCGAACAGUUGACCGUGGAUGAGGAUGACAUCGAAAAGCAGAACAUCCCCGCAUUGGAUUUGGCUGAGGACAUCUGCGAGCUGAAGUAUCUGAACGAGGCGUCCGUGCUGCACUGCCUCCGACAGCGAUAUGCCAGCAAUCUGAUACACACUAAGGCGGGGCCCACGCUGCUCGUGGUCAAUCCAAUGGCACCGCUGUCGCUCUACUCUGAGAAGGUUGUAUCCAUGUUUCGCGGUUGCAAAACGGAGGACAUGCCGCCCCACGUCUACUCGCUAGCCCAGACCGCCUACAGGAGUUUGGUUGAAACGCGACGCGAUCAAAGUCUAAUAUUCAUGGGUCGUUCUGGUUCUGGCAAGACCACAAGCUUUAAGCAUGCGCUCAACUACUUGGCGUUGGCUGCUGCAAAACUAAUAAACCCAGUCGAAGCCCAGCCGUUGCGCAAAGUGCUCAGAGAGCGGAGCGACUGCUCACGUGCGUACAAUAAUUUUAUUAAUGCGGAAAAAGUGAGUGCAUUGUGCACAAUUUUGGAAGCCUUUGGUAAUACGAGAACAUGUCUGAACUCGAAUGCGACGCGUAUGACGCAGCUGCUCAGCUUGGAUUUCGAUCAGACUGGUCAAAUAGCAUCAGCAUCUUUACAGGUGCUGCUACCGGAACGACAACGUGCGGGACGGCGACUAUCGCAAGAGCACAGCUUUCACAUUAUGACGCGGCUGUUGGCUGGAGCUGCAGGUCUGCUGCAGAAAGAAUUGCAUUUAGAGAACAUCUCGUCGGAAGACAGCCAUCCGUUCAUAUCGCUUUCGCAACGAUUGGAAGAUCGUCAUCGGGCAGCCAAUGACUUUUUGCGUACAGUGCAGGCUUUCGAGACUCUAAACAUCGAUGCCAAGGCUGUGCGGGGAAUCUGGAGUAUACUGGCUGCUAUUUAUCAUCUGGGCAUUGCGGGCAUUACUCGAAUGGGCACUGGAGCAACGGCUCGAACGCAGUUUGCCAAUCCGACAGCAGCACGCAAGGCCGCUAGCCUAUUAGGCGUCAAUCUGGAGGAUUUAUCGGCAGCCGCUUUUGGUCUUACCCAACCCAAUAUGGGCGCAAGCUUGAGUCCUUCUAAGUCGCCCACCUCGGAUGGGGGCCAGGAGUGGGCCUGGGAAUGUCUCGAAGCGCUCGUCAUUGGCCUCUACUCAGAAGCUCUGGCCGCUGUGGUGGCUCUGAUAAAUCGACAGAUCUGCACUUCAGCCCAUACUAUUGCUUCAAUAAUGUUGAUCGAUACACCAGGCUUCCAAAAUCCAGCCAGUUGUGGUCAACAACUGGGUGCCACUCUGGCAGAUUUGCGUCACAACUAUCUGCAGGAGCGACUCCAAAUGCUUUUUCAUCACACAACACUGGUAGCGCCACGGGAUCGCUAUGCCCAGGAACUGGUGGAGAUCGAAAUGGAUCAUGCCUCCGAUUGUCAUCCGGGUCCGCUGAUAUCACUGAUUGACAAGGCUCCGCAGAAUCAUGUGGUGCGAUCUUCACAGCGCGAUUUGCGCGAGCAUGAUCGUCGCGGUUUGCUCUGGCUAUUGGAUGAGGAGGCCAUCUAUCCGAACUCGAACGACGACACAUUCCUAGAGCGUUUGUUCUCGCAUUACGGUGAUCGUGAACAUCACACUUUGUUACGCAAAUGUGCCGGACAGCGUCAGUUUGUGCUGCAUCAUCUGCAGGGCACCAAUCCGGUGCUCUAUGCCGUCGAUGGCUGGGUGCGAAACAGUCGCGAGCAUCCUGGCAUAAGGAACGCCGUGUCGCUGCUGCAGGACAGCAGUCGUGAAGAGAUAAAUCGUCUUUAUAUUGGCUCACUGACACGCGGCUCUGGUGCCAUGGUGUUUUGCGGCUCGUUCGCAGGCCUGGAGGGUACACAGUCGUUGCGUCGCGUUUCCAGCAUACGGCGUUCCUUCACUACGGCAGGCGUUAAACGUAACUCAAUUAUGCUGCAGGUGAAGUUCACCGUGGAUGGCAUAAUUGACACGUUGCGUCGCACGGGCACUCACUUUGUGCACUGCUAUUUGCUACAACACAAUGCGGGAAAGCAUGCCAAAUUUACGGCGAAUGGGUCGCCCAGCACGGCGUUAGUUCAGCCGGCUACCGAGGAGGAGCUGGUCAAUGUGCCACUGUUAAGGAGUCAGCUACGUGGCUCACAAGUUUUAGAGGCGGCUCGUCUGCAUCGUCUGGGCUUCCCCGAAUCUGUGCCAUUACUAGAGUUUGUGCGUCGCUUCGGAUUACUAGCCGGCGACUUGGCUAGCAAUAAAGAUAUUACCGUGGAACAAAUACUCGCUGUCAACGAACUGGACGUAGCCAGUUAUCGCAUAGGACCAAGUCAAAUACUUUUCCGGUCCGGCGUGCUCAAUGAGCUGGAAGCAAAGCGAGAUGUGCUGCUAUCGGAUCGCAUUAUACAGCUGCAAUCAUUGUGUCGUGGCUAUUUGGCACGCAAAAAGAUGUCACAGCGACGUGUGCAGGAGCUGGCAGUGCGUUGCAUUCAGCGCAAUGUUAAAGCCUUUUUGGCCGUGCGCGAUUGGCCCUGGUGGCGUUUGCUGGUUCGUGUAACACCUCUACUCAAUGUGCAUCGCACCGAGGAGCAGCUGAAGAUCGCCAAUGAGGAGCUGCUCAUGCUGCGCGCCAAGCUGGAGAAGAUCGAGUACGAUCGCAGCGAAGUGAAGAACGAAAAUCAGAAAUUGGAAGCCAAGUUAUCCGAGCUGACUGUUGAUCUGGCGGAGGAGCGCUCCACGGCGCAUAUUGCCACCGAGCGCUUGGAAGCGGAGACGGCCGAACGCCUAAAGCUCGAAAAGGAGCUCGGAGACAACCAGUCGAAAGUUAAGAACCUGCAGGAGAUGAGCGAGAAGCUGGAAAUGGAGCUAAUAUGCGCCAAGUCUGACUUGAAUGGCAUCUCCGAGGACGAGGAUGCCGAACACGAAGAGGGCGCCGGUGGAGUUUACAAGCUAAAAUACGAACGCGUGGCCAGGGAACUGGAGUUCACCAAACGCCGACUGCAGACGCAGCAUGAGCACGAUCUGGAACAGCUGGUCGGGCUCAAGAAGCAAUUGGAGAAGAAGCUUUCCGAUGCCUACGAAGAAGUUGAGGAACAACGUCAGGUUGUGGGCCAAUGGAAGCGCAAGGCUCAAAAGAUGACCAACGAGAUGAAUGAUUUGCGCAUGCUGCUCGAGGAGCAAAAUGCACGCAACAAUUUGCUGGAGAAGAAGCAGCGCAAAUUCGAUGCCGAGUGCCAAUCCCUGCAGGAUGCAUCGCGCCAGGAGCGGCAGGCCAAGGAGCGCUACGGACGCGAAAAAGAUGUGCUCCAAGCUGAGAAAUUCACGCUCGAACAAGCACUGGCGGAUACGCGUCUAGAUCUGGAGCUGAAGGAAGAGAAAUUGGCGUCGUUGCAGCGUGAACUGGAGGAGAUGACCUUUGGUGGCGGCACCGAGGAAGAGUUUGCUCAGCUACGACGCUCUAAGAACGAAACGGAACGUCGUGCGAAGGAGCAGGAGGAAGAGCUGGACGAAAUGGCUGGACAAAUACAGCUGCUGGAGCAGGCCAAGUUGCGCCUAGAGAUGACCCUCGAGACCAUGCGAAAGGAGGCACGUCGGGAGUCACAGCAACGCGAUGAGGAGCUGGAGGAGGUGCGUGGCAAUGGCUACAAAAAGAUCAAGGCACUUGAAUGUCAGUUGGAAACGGAGCACGAGGAGCGUACGUUGCUGUUGCGCGAAAAGCACGAGCUAGAGCGACGGCUGUCGUCAAUGGAAGAUCGCGAUCGUGUAGAUCGGGAUGCCGAGGAGGCCCUCAAUCAAAAAUUGCGUCGCGAUUUGCGCAAAUACAAGGCCUUACUAAAGGAUGCGCAAACGCAGCUAGAGCGACAGAAGGCAGAUACACCUGGCAAGACGCUCAUCCGACAGCUGCGCAAUCAGCUAGAAGACGCGGAAUCGGCCCGCACGCUUGCCAUGAAGGCGCGACAGACAGCUGAAGCUGAGUUGGCCGAGGUGCAAGCGAUGUUCGAGGAGUCACAUAGGGCUCGCAACGAUGCCGAGGAGCGCGCCAAUGCUGCACACCGCGAUCGAGCUGAGCUGCAAGCGCAGAUCGAAGAGAACGAGGAGGAGCUGGGCGAGCUGAUGAAGAAGUACAGCGCCACCGUCAAGCAGCUCAAUGCGGAACAAGUCAACGUUUCCGAAUCGGAAUUCAAGCUCACUGAACUCGAAGCAGAGCGCAACAAUCUCAAAGAACAGGUGGCCGAGUUGCAGCAUAGACUGGACAACGUGGAGAAUUUGGGUGAUCCUUCCAUAGCUGUAAUGUCCAAGCGUCUUGAAAUGCGCACUAAGGAGCUGGAGUCGCGGCUGGAACUGGAGCAGGCGACACGCGCACGCCUUGAGGUGCAAGUGAGCCGGCAUAAGGAGUCGUUGGAGAAGCUGCAAAACGAAGUCACCCAGUCGAAGCUGCGCGAAAUGCAAUCACAAGAUGUGCUCAAAAAAUCUCAAAAGAGUUUGCGCGACAUGCGCGAAGAAUAUCAUUCGCUGUCCAGCCGUGAACAGGAGUCACUGACGCGUCGCAAGGACUUGGAGAAGAAAAUGGAAGUCAUGGAGUCCGAGGGCAUGGCGCUAAAGAACGAUUUACGCCUGGCGCUGCAGCGCAUUGCAGAUCUGCAGCAGGCCAUGGAGGAGGAGGGCGAGGAGGAGUUAAGCGAGAGCGAGGAUAGUAUGAGCUCGGUGGGCUCGAUUAGCGAUUUGGAGGACCGACUGCGACCCGUGCAUGUAAAGCGGAGCUCACAGCAGUCAUUAAACGGCCCCACUAUCCCACCAAGCACCACACGCACGCUGAUCUGUGAAAAGGACGACAACAGCCCUAGGUACGCUGAUAACGAAGUCAACUCAAACAGCAGGCAGCACAAGCACUAAGCACCGUAGUCGCAUUAGCUCGAUAAUACUUAUGCAUAUGAAUAACUAUCACUAGUUAGUUAGCUAGCUAGCUAGCUACUUAGCUUGUAAGGUCUGUUGCUAUUUGCCGGCUUAUCUAAUUAACAUAAUUACUUCAUACAUGCAAACUACAAACUACAAACCAUGCCAACCACAUCCAAAACUGACCCAAAAACAACAAACAAACAACGCCGCCUCCCGCCAUCAAUGCGAUUAAAACAAAACAAAAUCAUAAAACCACAAAACUCAAAAAAUCAUAAACCGAAUUGCUUUUGUAAAUAUCUUUAUGCAAAACACAUCCCGCCUUCCAAAACGUCCAUCCAAAACCAAAACAAAACUGCGCCCUCCCUCUCUUGGUGUGCGUGCGUAUGCGUGUGUGUGUGCGUGUAAACCAUUAGCUUUUUCUUAUUAUAGAAUAACAGUGACGUCGCCAUCGUCGCCACAUAUACACAAACUGGCACUGGCGGCUAAAGCCAUACCGGACCAAAAACCGGACA